CUCGCCCUCUCCUAGUGGCGGGCGGUGCUGUCGCUCGUCUCCCUCCGCCCUUUCCAUUGGGCGCUGGGCUGAGGCCCCGCCCUCCGGCGGGCGGAAGGGGAGGAGCGGAGGAGGACCGGCAAAAUGGCGGCGCUCAGUGGGCGACUGUGGCGGCGGCCGGGAGAGGCCUUGGGACGGACGGCGGCGGGGGCGGUGCGGGCCCAGGAGCUGGCGGAGCGACUGCGGGCGAAGCGGAGCGAGGAGAGGAAGAAGAAGGAGGAGGAGCGAGAGGUGGCCGCGGAGCCGGCGCGGAGGCGGGCCCGGCAGCUGGCCGCGCUGCAGCGGGUGCACCACAAUGUGCUGGCCAAGGCGCUCCGGCAGCGAGCCGUGUACCAGGAUGAGGAGCUGGUGGUGCUCAACAAGCCCUAUGGGCUGCCCGUGCACGGUGGCCCUGGGGUCAAGAACUGUAUCGCUGAUGUGCUGCCAAUUUUGGCCAAGAUGCUGAUAAACAUGAAAGCUGAACCACUGCACCUGUGCCAUCGGCUGGACAAGGAGACAACGGGUUUGAUGGUGUUGGCACGGAGCAGGGAGGCAGCAGACCGGAUCCGGCUCCUCUUCAAAACUCGCCAGGUGGAAAAGAUAUACUGGGCAAUUAGCGUGGGGAGCCCAGACCCUGCUGAGGGCAUUGUGGAAAUCCCCAUGGUGGAGAGGGAGGUGCAGAGCCACCAACCUCAUUACAAGAUGACGCUGGCCCCAAACUACCGCGUGUCUCCUGAGGAUGGAAAGGUGCUGAAAAUCCGCAAGAACCGCAAUGCUGAAAGCGCUGUGACGCGGUAUCGCGUGCUGGCUGGCUCGUCUGCCUGCUCUCUGCUGGAGCUCCAGCCCAUCACAGGAGUGAAGCACCAGCUCCGGGUUCACCUGGCCUAUGGAUUGGGGUGCCCCAUCCUAGGGGAUCACAAAUACUCGCACUGGAGCAAGCUGGCACCACAGAAGCUUCCUGAAAUAACUCUGAAGAGGUUGAAGCUGCAGCAGAGCAAGUCUCGCCACCUCCCCCUGCAUCUCCAUGCCUACCGCCUCUCCCUGCCGAUGGGCACCAGUGGGAGCAAGCAGAUAGACCUUGUGUGUGAGCCACCCAGCUUCUUCCACAGGGCGCUGAGGAAGCUGGAGCUGGACAUUGCUAUGGAGUAGGCCGAGGCUUGUCAACAGGACUGAUCCUUUGUGUCUCCAUACUUCUGGCACGUGAUAGUGCCGGAUCCAGCUGUGCUGCACUGCUGUUUCAUUCACAGCAAGUGACGUGAUGAGGUUUGUGUUCUGCUACUUGGGAGACACCUUGCCUUCGGGUAAUGGAGUUGCUGGCUUAACUUCUGUGCACUUCUUGUCCACAGUCCGUACCUGAUCUGGAGCAGAAAGAGCACUCUUGUUUAUAGUGA